GUACUCCCCCAAUCAAUCUUCUCUUUCUCAUCUCUCUCUCUAUGUUCAAAUCCGUUGACCAAAAUCAAGCCCUAAAAUUUUCAAUUUCAAAUCUUCAAAAUAGAAAAAGAUUUCAAUCUGAUUGUGAUUCACAACUUCAAGAUCUGUUCAAUCAAACCUUCAGAUUUCAUAAAGAUCUGGUUGAAUCUGGGCGAUAAAUUGAUAACCCCAUCUGUAAAAAUUGAAUAUUUUGUACUAAUAAUAUGUCUAUUGUAUUACCAAAAGAAGAUUCUGUUGUAAUUAGAGAGGUCUGGAAUGGUAAUCUUGAAGAAGAAUUUGCUUUAAUUAGAGAGAUUGUUGAUGAUUACCCAUAUAUUGCAAUGGAUACGGAGUUCCCUGGUGUUGUUCUUCGCCCGUUAGCGCAAUUUAAGAAUAUCAAUGACUAUAAUUAUGUAACUUUGAAGGAUAAUGUUGAUAUGUUGAAGUUGAUUCAAUUGGGUCUCACUUUUUCUGAUGAAAAUGGGAAUUUACCAACAUGCGGCUCCGAUAAGCCGUGCAUCUGGCAGUUUAAUUUCCGUGAGUUUAAUGUGAAUGAAGAUAUCUUUGCUAAUGAUUCCAUUGAGAUGUUAAGACAGUGUGGGAUUGAUUUUAAGAAGAAUAGUGAAUUGGGUAUUGAUGCAAAUCGGUUUGGAGAGCUUUUGAUGUCUUCUGGUGUUGUUUUGAAUGAUAAUAUCUGUUGGGUCACUUUUCAUAGUGGGUAUGAUUUCGGAUACUUGCUUAAGCUGUUGACUCGUAGGGAGUUGCCUAAGUCUCAAUCAGGGUUCUUUGAUCUGAUCAAGAUUUAUUUCCCGGUUGUUUAUGAUAUCAAACAUUUGAUGAGGUUUUGUAAUCAUCUUCAUGGUGGUUUGAAUAAGCUUGCAGAGAUAUUGGAAGUUCAACGAAUCGGUGUUUGUCAUCAAGCGGGAUCAGAUAGUUUGUUGACCUCUCAUGCUUUUAAGAAGCUGAAAGAAGGUUAUUUUAAUGGGAGCACAGAAAAGUAUGCUGGUGUGUUGUAUGGUUUAGGGGUUGAAGAUGGUGAAAAAUAAGUAGGAAGUGUAAUUUGUGAGGUUUAAGCUUGUUUGAUUUAGUAUGUAUUCGUGUUUAAAUCUUGUGUACACAAUCGGCAAAAGAGUUUUCUUGCCUGUUUGAUGGUCUUUUUUUUUCAGAUCUUUUUAUGUAACCAAAUACCUCAAGGGUCUUGUAGUUUGAGUACUGUAAAUUAUUACAGUUAGUGUUUUAAUAACAAUCUUAACUUUUCACUU